GUGCGCACUUGUGGUAUGGUAUCAUAUUUUAGCCUAAACUCAAAUUUAGAGUUUAAUUUGGUAAACUAGCCAAUGUUACAACUACUAAACCUAUGCCUACUAUGGGAGAGUGUAUUUGUUUUGAGAGCUCUGUUUUUGGCGAAAUGACUUUAUGCGUAAAAUGAAAAUUGAUCUAUUGAAAAAAAAAAAAAAAUCAUAAUGCGUACAAAAACAUGCGUAAAGCAUAACAAUGCCAAAGUGAACCACGAGAGCUGCGUUGAGUCUUACAUCGUCCUAUUUGAUGUAAAGUCAAGGUAUCAUUUUAAAAGGAGAUUAUUGCUGACAGAGAGACAGGCAGGUGCUAUCACCGAACAUCACGACCGUGAAGCAAAAACGACCAAAUCAAAACCUAAAGUGAAAGUUCCUCAAAGGGCACAUGAUGGUGGCGAAGAUGGCGAGCUGUGGGGCCGCUUGUCACCUGGAUGAAGGAGAUGGAGACAUCCCUGCACCUGACCAGAAGGGUAAUCUGACUGAAAGUGAUAACAGUGGCUCAGACAAUGCAGGGACAUCUACAGAGGAAAGUUCUGAAGAAGAGGAGGAUGAAGAGGAGGAGGAGGAAGACAUCUCUGCUGAGAAAGAAGGAGAAUCAGAGGAGCCUGACGUUGAGGGUUCCAGUAAUGAAUCAGAGUCGGCUCCUCAACCUGAUGCAGAGGUUUCCCUUGCUAAAGAUGUGCCCCCCAAGCCAUGCUGUGAAAAAUGCAAGGCUGUCCAGCAGAGUCAAGGCAAUGAACUGGUUACUCCCAGGAAGAUCUCUAAAGGACGCCUACAGGUGCAGCUGGAGGGAGAGGGGACAUAUGAGUGCUCUGUCACCGGCCUGGUGUUUGAGGUGUCAGAGAGAGUCCUGAUCUGCUACUCGGUCCUGUCCUGGUCCAAGUUCGGCAUGUUCCUCAGGGACUCCUGGUGGUUCGCUGGGCCCAUCUUCAACGUGGACUGUGUCAACAGCCCCUCAUCCAUCCUCACCUCCAUCCAGUUCCCUCACUCCCUCUGCCUCGCUGAUCCCGACAGUGAAAUGACCUUCAGUGUCCUGCAUAUGAAGGACAGCUGUCCGGUGAUCGAGCCCUCGGUAGACCACUCUUGCAGCCAUGUAAAGUGGCGUGUAUCGUCCCUGUCCCCGGUGGGGCCCAUUGUCCAGAGCAGCAAGCCUGUAGAGCACCAUGGGGUGGUCCUGGUGUAUAAAGAACUGGCUCUGAACAACUCCUACUCCUUUCGCAUCUACCUGGCCACCAACAACUCCUCCGACAUUAAGGACAUAGGGAAGGAGGUGCGUGGCGCAAACAAGCGUUACCUGAAGGUAGAGAAGCCACCCACCUGUAAGUUGGAUGAGAGGAGGUACCGCCUCAUGAGUGAACCAGAGGGAGACAUCAGCCCUGCGGACUUGCCGUUCACGCUGGCCGUGACUAAAUUGAAGGGAUAUUUUGAGGCGUUCUUUGAGCAGCCCCCUCCCUUCAAGCUCUCCCUCGUAGAGACGGAGUCCGACCAGACUGUGUGGUCAGCCACCAUCAGAGAAGGUGACUGUGUGGACAAUACAGUUGAAAAGCCAAAGAAACGGACAGAUAACAGGAAGAGAAGCACCAGCACAUCAGAGGAAGAGCUGCCCAAAAAAAGACGUAAAUGUGCAGAUGAGUCAGACGGAGUACGGACAAUGCAGGACCCAAACGUGUCAUCCAAGCAGCUGAUGCAGGUGGCUAAGCAGCUGGGGAAGGAGUGGAAGCAGGUGGCUAUCGGUUGCCUGGACCUGUCCUCCAAAGACCUGGACGAUAUACAGGCCAGUGAGGAGGAUGUCAUCAUGCAGAGGUUUAAGGCGCUGGAGCGCUGGAAGACUGCCAGGCCGAAUGGUCAAGCCACUGUCACUCACCUCUUGAUGAGUAUACAGGAGCUGGAUGACCUGCCCAACGAGGUCCACAAGACACUGAAAGAUAUGAUGGUCAAUAAGGCUGCCAAAUGAGAUAUCUUUGGCCUCCCCAGGUCCCUGCCUUUCCGCAGCCCUGUCGUCAAUGAGCCAGAGAGACAAUGGGAGAGAGACGUUUGAACUCUUGCCUUGAAGACAGAAAUCCCUCUACUUAUGCAGUAUGGAGUAGUAUGAACGUUUCCUCUAGACCAGGGAAGGGCAACUACAGUCCUCAGGGGCCGGAGUGGUGUCACAUUAUUUCCCCAUCCCUAGCAAACACAGCUGAUUAAACUAAUUGCAUUCUAAACUGAAGAUCAUAAUUAGUUUAUUAUUGGAGUCAGAUGUGUUAGCUGGGGCUGGGGCAAAAGUGUGACACCAAUCCGGCCCCCGAGGACUGGAGUUGCCCGUCCUUGCUCUAGAGGCUGAUCUAAGGUCAGCUUUGCAUACCUUCUUCAUAAAUAGAAGAUUUGAGGAGGGUACACUGAUCCUAGAUCAGAAGCAUUAUGUGUCUCCUGCCAUUGCCUAGGCAGGGCCAGCACCCCAGCCUAGCACUGUCAACCCCUCCCAGCCCAAGAGAAUUGGGAUUCAAUUGCCUUCAACUGAAAUGUUUGAUUCCUGCAGGCCUGGAUGCUGGAUCUAGAGAACUUUGUGCCCCGCCUAGUAGUGAUGUUUAGUAGUGGGAAACCCUGGCUUUUCACCCCUCCUGUUCUCUCAGGAUUACAACAGGAGUUCAACAAAGACACAGAAAGAGAAUUGCACCAAAGUUUUAAUCACAAAUGGUUAAUUAACCUGGAAUAACGCAGGUUUUAUCAAGCUGUAGAGGUACCCCAAACAGCCAGGAGCUGAUGCUACAAGCUGCGGUGCAGAGAAGACCUCUUAUGUCAUAGAUGAGUUCUGGGAAAUAGGUACCAAAUGUGUAGCCAGUAACAGACAUGGUGCUGCAGUAUGGAAACUGCUAUCAAACAGGGCCGUUGUAUAUUUUGUAUUUUGAUAUUUCUCAAUCAAGGCAUUGCCACUUAUUCAUGGAUUUGGACCAACCACUCAAGGAGUGUAGCUGUACUUUUAAUACAGAGUACAUAUUUUCUCUGUUUUUUUAAAACUAAACUGUGAUUGUUUUUAUUUUUGUACAGUUUGUGUUUGUUCGUUUUUAUGUGUUAUGACCAAAUUGAGCCAUCAAACUGACAGUGGUGAUAGCUAAGCUUCAUCUCAGAGAAAAUAUUGGUAAUAUUUACUUUUGUUUAGCCUGAAUCAUGUACAUUCUGUAGCCUGGAAAUCACGCUCAGUGCAUUUGAACAUGGUGGGAUUGACUGAAUUCCAGAAACAACAAAUUUAGGAUUUUUUGUUUAUAAAUAGGGCUACUAACUCAUUUUAAACACCUUUCAAUGGGGAUGUCACUGUUGCCGAUACUGGGACCCAAAUAUACCAGGGAGAGUAACAAUGAUUAACUGUUGAAAUUAUGAAAGGGAAAACCAUGAGUUAAGUUGUAUAUUGGGUAUUGGAUGCCAUUUGCAAGUGUGUCCAUAUGUUUACACAGAGUGAUCUCUCAGAAAGUCCAUCAUUAAUAUUCCAGUCCUUACACGUGCAUUUCUGUAAUGUUACACCUCAGGUAUGGGCCUUUGUAGGGCUCUGGGUAUGGUGUCUAAGAUUACAAAUAUUUGACUGAAUAAAAUAAUUUUUUGGAAA